AUGGCCCUUCACCAUCGCCAUGCAUACGGGGACAGUGCUUUAUGUAUGGCUGACGUAGAGGCCAUUUAUAAGGAAAUGGUAGAAUCUGGAAGGACAUCACAUAUCAUUCGUGAUGAUGCCGAGUAUUUGUUGGAGCAUCUUCAAAUUGGAGAUCCCAACAUUGACCAGCUGUUGGGUUCAACGCUUUGUUUGCCAAGGGCCACUUUACUUUAUGGCGCCGCGGGCACUGGGAAAACGCUAUUUUCCAUUCAAGCGGCAAUUUGCUCGCUAAAAAAACGCCCUUUUUCGUACAGAGUUGCCUUUUUCACAACCGAUGGACCUUUCCCCUCAAAAAGACUGUUCCAACUACAAGCCACACGGAACAACCCGUCGCUGCUGGACAGGUUUUUUAUCUUCGAAAUAAGGUCAUCCUCCGAGCUUAUUUCCUUUCUCAAAUACUUUCUUCCCGUGUGGUGUGCCGACGAGCUGUUGAUUAUUGUUGACAACAUAACGUCGCUGAUUAGAUUUUCUGUUGAUCUACAUGAAAUUUCGGUUGAUCUUCCAAAGGCCAUCCAUUUUGCUCGAACCAGGAUGAGGUGCACGUUUAUUUUUGUAUCCCAAAUAAAGGCCAUCGUUGAUGGUACUUCUAGCCUCGAAAGCAGCGCCCCUGCAAUCCAUCCCAGCCUGAUAUCCAAUGGGCACCUAUUCGACCAAAAAAUCGAGCUUAUUUUGGAGCCAUCAUGCGCGCAAAGGGAGAAAAAUAAGCGGAUUCUUUUCCAUCCAACUCUUGGCUCAGUUGCUUGUCCUUCUUCAGGAUCCCUGCCGUCCAUUAGCUACGUGAUUGAUGAGCAAACCGGAUUCACGUCCAUUAGCUAG